GGGGAGGCCGGAGCGGGGCGAAGAUGAGCACCAAGCAGGUGACGUGCAGGUACUACGUGCAGGGAGUGUGCCGGGAGGGAAGCAAGUGUCUGUUCUCGCACGACCUGUCCAGCAGCAAGUCCUCCACCGUCUGCAAGUACUACCAGAAGGGGCAGUGCGCCUAUGGAGCCCGCUGCAGGUACGACCACAUCAGGCUCCCUGCCUCGGGGGGUGCAGCAGCUCCUGCGCCUCCUCCCAUGGCAUCAGCAGCGCUGCUCAGCCCUCGCCCUGCGCCUGAGCACAGCGCACCUGCAGCCAAGAGCAAGCUGCGUGAGAGUGGCAAACGGGAGAAGAAAACACUUGUGCUCAGGGACAGAAAUCUGUGUGGCUUGAAUGAAGAGAAGGAAAAAGCCAGCGCCACAAAUGAUGUGGUGUGUUGCAGUGACAAAAGUGAUAAUGUGGAAAUGAAGCCCCAUUCAUAUUUGGAAGCUAUUUGCAGUGGGCUGGAAGAUCCAGUAGCUGGAAGUUCCUUUGGUGAUGGAGAGCAGCUGUGUCCUUACGCUGCAGCAGGAGCGUGCCACUUCGGGGACCGCUGCCUUUACCUGCACGGGGACGUGUGUGAAAUAUGUGGGCUGCAAGUGCUUCACCCUUUUGACCAAGAACAGAGGAAGGCUCAUGAGAUGAUGUGCAUGGCAACGUUUGAGCAUGAGAUGGAGAAGGCUUUUGCCUUUCAGGCAAGUCAGGACAAAGUGUGCAGCAUCUGCAUGGAAGUGGUGUACGAAAAGCCAUCAGCCUCAGAGAGGAGAUUUGGGAUCCUCUCCAACUGCAAUCACACGUACUGUUUGUCCUGCAUCCGGCAGUGGAGGUGUGCCAAGCAGUUUGAGAAUCCAAUCAUAAAGUCUUGCCCAGAGUGCCGUGUGAUAUCGGAGUUCGUCAUUCCCAGUGCUUAUUGGGUAGAAGACCAGGAGAAGAAAAAUGAGCUGAUUGAAGCAUUUAAGCAGGGAGUGGGGAAAAAACCCUGCAAGUACUUUGAACAAGGGAAAGGAACUUGUCCAUUUGGAGGAAAGUGUCUUUACCUUCAUGCCUAUCCAGAUGGGACACGGGCUGAGCCUGAGAAACCACGGAAACAGCUCAGCUCUGAGGGAACUGUGCGGUUCUUCAAUUCUGUUCGUCUGUGGGACUUUAUUGAAGACAGAGAAAGUAGGACUGUAACCAGCACAGAUGAUCAAGUAACAGAACUUGGAGAACUCUUCAUGCACCUUUCUGGGGCUGAGGAGGAUUCUGCUACUUCUCAAUAAAGGCAAGCGAAGGACAGCCCUACUUCCAGGUACCUCACAGCCCCAGCUGGCAGUUACGGUUAUUUAAAGGACAGGUGAAGUUCCAGGUGUUCUCAUUAGAAGGAAGCACUGGUCGAGGUCCAGGAGGUCAGGUAUUAAAGCACAUCUCUUCUGAGCCAACUGAAACAUUAGCAAAUUCUUUAAAUUUUAAUUCAUGUUUGAGUUGCUGAAGCUCUGAGAAUCAGUUUAAGUUCUGUUUUAACUAUACUUUUAGCAAAAGCAAUUCACGGGAUGAUUGUGCAAUUUGUAAGAAGUUAUUUCUGCUGAGUCAUUUGUAUCGACUCUGCAGUUAAAACUCUGGUCUGGAAGCAACUGAAGUGGCUACUGGAUACUUCAGUACAAGCAAAGAUUUUUUUCCAUGCAAGUGCAGCAUAUAAUCUUGAAAGUCAAGCAAAGGGCCAAUACUUCUGCUCCCAUUAUGAACAAACUGCCUAUCACUGUAAGGUUGCUCACCUGUUCCAAGCUUUGAGAAAGCUUGAUUGUUGAGAUGGCAAAAAUUGUUGUGAAGCAAAGUGUGUUUAGAGGCAUUUGUGUAAAACACCCCUUGUCCCUCUGGUUUUUUAGACAACUUCCAUCUCUGCUGGCUAACAGGUUCCCAGGAGUGAAUGUGCAAAUUUUGCUCUCUGUUCUGAUCUAGGAAACGUAGUGAUAUUUUCAUGAUGAUUUCAACACUAAAAUUAAUUUUUAACAAUGCUUACUCUGAAGUCAGUCCUAAGCUUGUAAAGCUCUAUAACCACUUACUGCUCAACUUCUUUUUAAAACUGGCAUUUGAAGGCACAAGUGACAGUCUUAAUCUAGUAAAUCAUACUGCAGUGCAGAUCUUCUUCACUCACUACAAAAGUGAAGGAAGGUAAGUACAGCUGAGAGAUGCAGUUCUGUAAGCUGAGUGCUCUUUCUUGCAUACUUUCUACUCAAAAAUGUACUUACACCCCUUAGCCUCCCCACUGAAGCUUUUUUUUUUUAGCUAUUCCUACACUUUUUUCAGAGAUAUUUUCAGCAAUGAAAUAUAUAUAUUAAAAAAUAUAAGUGGAGAGAAUAUUCUUUACCUUAGAUAGGGCAUUCCUGUUCCUUUGCUCCAAGAAAACCAAGCAGGAAACAAAAAUCUGAUAUACAGAAGGUAAGGUAAUUUGUUUUUCAAAGCUGCCUAGCAAUUACACGAAGAAAAGUUUUAAUGUGAAAGCUGUAAGACAGACUCAGACCUUUCACAUUCUUCCUUUUACAGCUUUCAAAUUCUAGAUUGACAUCAAAUACUAAUCAAAAUAAUCUCUUGCUUUUAUUAAAAAAAAAGUUUUAUUUUUUUCCAGAGAGAGACAACCUGUUUUUAAAUAAGAAUGAACCAUUAGAGGUUCCUUUUGGGGGUUCAGUGCUAAAGUAAGAGCAGCUUUUCAUAGAAUCCUAGAACCAUGAAGGUUGAAAGAAACCAAUAUUGCCCACUAACCAUGUCCUGCAGUGCCACAUCUGCCUCUUUCUUGAACACCUCCAGGCACAGUGACUCCACCAUUCCCUUUUCCAUUCUUCCUUCUUUUUCAACACUAAUUAAAAUGAAGGUAAAAUGAGAGAGAAAGGGUUGCAAUUAAAAUGACAAGAACAUUACUGAAAAGUAUGCUGAUCUGUAUACAGCACUGUUUCUAUCAAUGAAAAAUGCACGUUUUAUAGUAAUACUCAACCAUAAGGGUUAAAUACUAAUCCCUGGGUGACGUUCCGAGGACAGUCAAGCUGUUUAACCGAUACGUUUCUGGCUUAUGCAUUUUAAAUUCUCCUCUACUUGAAUAGAAUACUAAUUUAAAAAGUAAUUCUUAUAUCAAACCACCUAUUUUUUGUCACCUGCUGCCUGAUCAACCAAUAGAAAGCAUGCAUUACCUAAGGGAAGACACGCAGGCUCACAGAAGAUGCAAUGCAGAGCAGAAAUGGUGCAGGUAACUCACCUGGUGGUGUAUCAGUGUAUGUAUCUAGUAGAUGCUGCUGAAAGAUUGUUACAGUAACAUCAAAACCAUCUUGUAAGUAAAGCAAAUGGGAACUGACAGGUUGUCGCAUCUAGUAUUUUAUCUAUUUUUACUGGUACAGUUAAUAUUUAUCCUAAAAAUUAUUCAGAAUGUUAUUUCUGGAACUUUUCAGAUGUAAAUGUGUGUGUCAAAAUAUGAAUUACUACAUUAAAUGAUGACAUUGAAUCUUAAA